UUAUUUUUAUUUUUAUGUAUAAACUUUAUUUCCUCUAACUGCUAUUCAAAGCUUUGAAGUAUAUAAAGGUUUCUAGAUCUUUAAAGGAGAGGCCACUGCUCAUCUGUUUCCUCAGAGAAAUAGAGAGAAUGCAACUUCUGCAGAAAUUGGUUUCUUUCACCAUCCAUGCAAGUGUUUUUGUUCUUGUUCUACCACUUGCCAGCUCAUCUCAAGAACACUCAAAAGCUACAACUCAUGCAGGCAAUAAAGGCAGCAGUCAUCAUAAGAGUCAGAAGCUGCUGUUUGAGAUUACGCUCCAUGGAUUUCUCCUCUGGGCCUCAUUGGGGUUCUUGAUGCCUGUUGGGAUACUUGUUAUCAGAAUGUCAAACAGAGAGGAAUGUGGAAGAAGGCUCAAAAUUCUGUUCUACCUUCAUGCAAUUUUACAGACACUCAUGGUACUUCUUGCCACGGCAGGAGCAGUAAUGUCCAUCAAAAACUUCAACAACUCCUUCAACAAUUAUCACCAAAGGAUAGGGGUACUCCUAUAUGCCAUCAUAUGGUUGCAAGCCCUAAUUGGUUUUGUAAGGCCCCAGAGGGGGUCUAAAGCAAGAAGUAUAUGGUUUUUUGUGCAUUGGCUACUUGGAACUACAGUAUCCAUACUUGGAGUUCUGAACAUAUAUACAGGAUUACAAGCCUAUCACGAAAAGACAUCAAGAAGUAUAAGGCUUUGGACUAUCCUUUUCACCACUGAGAUUUCCUUCAUUGCCUUCUUCUACCUGUUGCAAGACAAAUGGGUGUACACAAAGAAGCAAGGAGUGAUUUUGGGCGAUGACCCAAUAAGGCCUAUUGAUCAACACAUAUCUCCAAGUGAAACACAAAAGGAAUUGAUGGUCAAGUCUUGUUGAUGAAGAAAAUGAACUAGGGUCUUGAUUUUACUAACAAGAAUUUUUUUUUUUACCCUUGUCAUCCCAUUUUCUCUCGAGAUUUGCUACACUUCUCAAAAUUAUUUUUCAAAAGUUGGCUCCCAACUAAUGUGUAUAUUAUUUUAGGAAAUGUGUCACCAACUCAUAGAAUGGUGACACAUCAUUUGAAAAUCAACUUCUGGAGAAAAAAUUUGGAAAGUGUAGCAUUUCUCUCUUCUCUCUGGUUUUCUCUAGAAUGGGCUACUUGGUGUUUGUUAGUUAAGAAAACAUAAGGUAUUGAGUGUUGGGAUGGAUACAUCAUAUAAGAUGAAGUACAGAUGUUUUUGUUUUUUAUUUGACUUCUUCAUUAGAAACGGUUAGGAUUUGUAUUGGCAUAUUCAGUGUCGAAACUAAGCUGGUUGUAAUUCUAGGGUUAGUGGUUGAGUCAGUCUUGAGUUGAUGUUUGAAAAACUUCAGAGUGCAAUAUAGAAUACUUUA